AACAACCGCGAUCAGAAGCCGAACCAAAAUUCGGCAUUUGGCACGCCCCCGCCGAUCGGAGAGGGAGCCAGGCCGUGGCGGAGGCGGAGGCGGAGGCAGCCGACCGAUGCGGCGGGAGAGGCGGCUCUACAGCCUCCUGGGCUUCCUCCUCCUCCUCGCCGUCGUCUACCUCAACUGGUUCCCAGGACGCGACCCCGCCGCCCCGGGCGGCGGCCUCAAGCUGCCGGUGCCGUGGCUGCAGCCGCGGAUGGCGUUCGCGGGUCGCAAUGGCACCCAUUUCGUCGACGCUGCCACGGGCUCGCCGCUCUACGUCAACGGCUGGAACUCCUACUGGCUGCUUUCGUCGCGGUCGCCCGCGCUCGUGGCAGAGAUGCUACGCCGGGGCCGCCGCAUGGGCCUCGGUGUCUGCCGCACUUGGGCUUUCAGCGACGGCGGCCCUGACGCGCUCCAGAUCUCCCCUGGCCGCUUCAGCGAAGCCGUCUUCCAGGUGUUGGAUUAUGUGAUAUACGAAGCUCGGAGAAAUAAUAUUAGGUUAAUUCUUUGCCUUGUCAACAACCUUGAUAACUUUGGAGGGAAGGCCCAAUAUGUUAAGUGGGCACAAGCAGCUGGGGCUAACUUGACGAAUUCAACUGAUUCUUUUUUCUAUCACCCAACCAUUAAGGGUUACUACAAGGAUUAUGUGAAGGCAAUGUUAACUAGAAAGAACUCUUAUAGUGGAAUCACAUACUGUGAUGAACCUGCAAUAUUUGCUUGGGAACUCAUGAAUGAGCCUAGGUGUGUGUCCAAUUCAUCUGGUCCUCAUCUUCAGGCUUGGAUAGCAGAGAUGGCAGCAUACGUCAAGAGUUUGGACAAUAAUCAUCUAGUUACAGUUGGAAUUGAAGGGUUCUAUGGUCCUGGAAUAGCUGAGAGGCUGGGCUUUAAUCCUGGGGACUGGGCAGCUUCACUUUGUUGUGAUUUCUUGCAAAACUCAGCAGUCGAGCAUAUUGAUUUUGCAUCAGUUCAUGCUUAUCCUGACAGCUGGCUACCAAAGGCAAGGAUGGAAGAAAAAGUCAGAUAUCUUUCCAGUUGGGUUGAUUCACACCUUAAUGACAGUGAAAAUAUCUUGAAAAAACCUGUUCUAUUCUCAGAAGUAGGUUACCUCCAGCAUGCAAAUGCUAAUACCACAGUUGAUAGAGAUAUUCUUCUGAGAGUUGUUUACGACAAAAUCUAUGAUUCAGCAAGGAAGCUGCAGGCAGGCGGUGGUGCUCUUAUUUGGCAGUUGAUGGUCAAAGGGACACAUAUGUACCACGACAACUUCUCCCUGGUGGCACGGGAUCACCCGUCAACUUAUAAGUUGAUAAAGGAGCAUUCUUGUCGGUUGCAAAUGCUGCACAAGAAAGAGGGUGAUCCUGGCUGGCAAUGUACAAUACCACCCUAGGUAUUUUGCCGCCAUAGAUACCGGAAAAAUCCCCUCUUCGUUAUACUAUACAGAAACCUGUCGCAGAAGAUUGCCUUGAAGCAAGUAGCGAAAUGAUGGCACCAAGGUUGUGCAGUUUGGCCCCACGGUCAAUGGUGCCAGGCAAUCGGUCAGGCUAGCUAUUGUCAAAAUUUCUGAAGUCCUAGGUCGGUCCUGAGGAGAAUGAAGCCACCAAACUUGCUCGGCACCACAGAGGAGAGAGCCGACCUUUUGUUCUGGACAAACUAAACCUAAGUUUCAGAACAGGCAACUUGACAACAAGAACGGCAACAGGAACCCAGUCAGGAAUCACUUGCAGGAAGACGUAAAGCAUCAGCAUCGGCAGAAGAAAUCUGGCGGCCCACUUCCAAGAUGGAACCGACGUGGAGAUGCUAGGCAUGACAACGGUGCUCAAAAGCAAUUUGUGCAAAUAAAGCCCAAACUACCGGGAAAUUAAGUGUGGCAACAGCGUUUUAACUUAGAAAUAGUGUUAGCCUGCUCAUCAAAGUUGCCUGUGUUCGUUACAUGGUUUUUGGAUCCACCAUAUAUAUGCGGACGUUCCUCCGCUAUGUAUGUUACUGUUCUUUCUAGUUGCGCCGGUAACUCGUUAAUUUUUCUUUCUAGUAAAACACAUGGGUGAUGGGUCUCUAAAGAGUUGUAUAAACUUGGCGGACAUGUACCCUUUACCUUUAGUCAUACGUCUAGCAUAAUGUUAAAGUGGUCAUACAACUCUUGAGUUU